UACUGAGUCUGCUGACAAUCAUACGCAUCUAAAAGCCUCAGAAUGGGACCACCAGUGGACAGUUUCCUUCUUUGUAGUCGGUCUUCGGUAACUAUAAACGGUAUAAUAGCGUAGCGUAGUUUCUCGUCCAAUUUUCCUCUGUCACUUUCAUCCCAAUUUUCCCGAGAAAAUAUAGGGGCCUAAGCUUCCAUUGUCUCAGAGGAAAAACCCAUUUAUCCAUUCUCAAUGGCUUCAGAUUUUGCGUUAUCAGUUCCUCCUGAACUUGAAACAGCUUUGCGGUUGAAGACGGUUCAGUACUUUGUAACAAAAAGGCCUUGGCUUGAUCUCUAUGGAAUUAAUGUUAGGCCUGUUGCACCAUUCGGAAGUGUUAGUAGCAAACCAUAUGUUGAGUCAGCAUUACUACAUCGCUGUUUGCCCGAUGAACUUCUCUUUGAGGUCUUCGCAAGAAUGACUCCACAUGACUUAGGAAGGGCAUCUUGUGUUUGUCGGAAAUGGAGGUACACAAUUCGUAACCCUGUGUUUUGGCGCAAUGCAUGCUUGAAGGCUUGGCAGCUCUCUGGAGUGGUGGAAAAUUAUAAAAUUUUGCAGUCAAAAUAUGAGGGUUCAUGGAGGAAAAUGUGGCUUUUAAGACCAAGGGUCCGUACAGAUGGUAUUUAUGUGAGUAGGAAUACCUAUAUUCGUGCCGGAGUUGCAGAGUGGAAGGUCAACAAUCCAGUCCAUUUGGUAUGCUAUUUCCGUUACAUGAGAUUUUUUCCAUCUGGCAGAUUUCUCUACAAGAAUUCUUCGCAAAAGGUCAAAGAUGUGGCAAAAUGCAUGAACUUUCGAGCAUCUUCAACUGACUGUGUUUAUAAAGGCCAUUACACAUUGUCUGAUAACCAGGUUGAAGCUGCUGUUUUGUAUCCUGGCUUGCGUCCUACUGUGUUAAGAAUCCGCUUAAGGUUAAGAGGCACAACUGUUGGGGCUAACAAUCGGAUGGAUCUACUCUCACUUGUUACUAGUGGUGUGAAUGAUAGUGAGAUUAAUGACCCUGAUGAGGGCAUCCUUGGGGUGGUUGAAGGGUGGCAGGAUGAUGAAUCACACAACCCAGAUGUGCCUGCAGUCUCACACCGGAGGGGCAUGAUGCCUUUUGUCUUUGUUCCAUUUCAUGAGGUGGAAACUACAGUUCUGAAUCUGCCUGUGGAGAAGAUGGAUUAUUUUGUCCCUGGUUGAUUCAUCAAAAGACUGAGGAUCUUCCUUCUGUAAAUAAAUAAUUCAACCUAGGCAUUUUAGAUCACAUGGUUUUCCUGUAUUUUGUGUAUAAAUAGCAAUGGAGUCAAGAAGCAACUUGAUACAUGUCAUUUUACUGUUGUGUGCUGGCAAUGGUGGACUUGUCUGGAUUCUUUUCACUUAAUAUGGCAUAGGUUUCAGUGUGUUCAACUUCAAUCCUGUUUCCUCCGGUGUUUUUGUUGUGUGAGGGCAUCAUAUGUAUUAAAUGACAACUUGAAUAUUGAACUCAGAAAUACUGUAAUCCGUUAUGACUGUUUUUGGAUUUACAUGUUACGUAAGUGAUUAUUAAUUUUA